AUGAAGCGCGGUCCCAGGUAUCUUGUACUUGCCGUUCUGGUCGAUCGCUCCUUGUCUGCAUCUGCGUUACCGGUUACCAGAGCACAACCUCACCAGACACCAACGCCAGACGCCGGGUGCUGGCUCAGGCUGUUUCUGCAGCCUCUCGCCUGGGCCAUCUAUGCGAAACGACCCAGUGCCAGCACGCCGGCACGCCCCUCGUGGCUCUGCCCUUCUAAAAAUGCCCCUUCGUUGGUCGGCCGGCCUCUCGGCGACCACUGCCGCCGAUUCGAAGCACAACGCAGCCUCAGGUGUCUUCAGCUCUGCCUGCGGGUGCAGGUCGCGCAGGUCCAGCGCCAAUCACACGCCUCGAUCGCGAGGGAUUCUGGCAGCACUCCCGCUGCCACGGCCACCCUCAGCCCUGCGUCGCAAGACGAGGUCGGCGUCUAUUCAACCCAGUCGAGUCGGGACACCGCACACUGGCGCUGCUCCCCGCCUCAGGCUAGCCCCAGGCCACGACAAAAGAUCAUUGGCAAACAGCGGUGCCAGCCACAGCCCUCUGAUCAACGGCUCUCGACCGAUGACUGGCUUCUUUGCAUGGCCCCCAAUCGGAAGAUGACAUCGUGGCAUCGGAUGACCCCUUCUUGACACGCACGCCUCCGCCCCAUCAUCGGGGCCCCCCCUUCCACUGGAGCGCCAGCCAGUCCCGC